AUGAAUAAGAACGGGGGAGUAUGUUUGGCUUUAGGGAGACACCUUAAAGGAUCGAGUGUAGCUAAUUCAAUCCCUAACACAGUUAUCGGUGAUAUAGCUGGUGUUACGGAGGAAUUAAGGGUGAUAGGUAUUUACUGGCCUCAAGGUCAAUCAAGAAAUUUGGACGACUUUAAACCCUUUAUCACAAAGAAUACGAUUAUUACUGGGGAUUUUAAUGCGACGGUGUUGGAGUGGGGUAGUCCUGAAACGGAUAAACGUGAUCAAUUUCUAACAAGUCCUUCUGGCACAUCUAAUUCCGAAUUUAAAUUAAUAUUAGAUCAAAUAGUGAACUGCAAGGAUACAGUUAGCAACACGUCAGUAUUAGAGGUUAGUCGGUUUAUUAAAAAAUUAAAAGCAAAAAGAUCCUCCGGAGAUGAUAAUAUAUCAAACUUCAUCCAGAUUCGGAGACCUCGUUUAUCUCUAAAAAUGGCAAGUCUCGAAUUAGAGCAAGUAGUAGCCUUUAAAUAUUUAGGUUUCGGCGCCUCAGAUAAAAUGUCGUUUAAACCAACAGUAGACGCAGCAAUCGAUAAAAUUCGUAAAUCCUAUUCUAAGUUAAAAUGGCUUUCUAAAGACUCUUCAUUAAUGAAUCAAAUUGUUCCUAUUUCGAUGUGUUCUCUGUAUGGUCAAUGUUUGUAUUUACAAGAUGAAUAUUCAGUAUUGUGUAUUUUAAAAUCUCUCUGUGGUAUACAAUUAGAAAAUGAAAAGAAUUCAAGAAUAAUUUUACAACGAAAUUCAUCGACAUUUAAAUUAGUUUUUGAUUCAUUUUUAACAUCAUUACAAUCAUCAAAGAUAUUUUUAACAGCUGCCUUACAUGAUCCAAUUAUGCAACUUGUUAUGCAAGAUGAUUGGUAUUACGAUAUUAAUCCUGACACAUCGAUGAGUCGUUUUUCAAAACAAGAAUGUCUAAACCGAUUUGGUCAACCAAAUACUCAUGAUUAUAUGGAAAAACUCUUAGAAAAAUUAUCUGAAAGAACAACGUUCGAUAACGAAGUGGAACAAUAG